AUGGCUCAGACACUGGCUCUGAGCCUCCUUACCCUGGUCCUGGCUCUCUGCAUCCCCUGGACCCAAGGCAGUGAUGGCGGAGGUCAGGAUUGCUGCCUCAAGUACAGCCAGAGGAAGAUUCCCUACAGUAUUGUCCGAGGCUACAGGAAGCAAGAGCCAAGCUUAGGCUGCACCCUCUCAGCGAUAGAGGGGUUCUUACCCCGGAAGCGCACUCAGCCUGAGCUGUGUGCAAACCCUGAAGAAGGCUGGGUGCAGAAGCUGAUGAAACGCCUUGACCAGCCUGCAGCCUCAGGGAAACAAAGCCCGGGCUGCAGGAAGAACAGAGGAACCUCUAAGUCUGGGAAGAAAGGAAGGGGCUCCAAAGGCUGCAAGAGGACUGAACCAACACAGACCCCAAGAGGGCCCUAG